UUUUUUCUGUGUGUGCGCGCGCGUGAGCGAGCGAGCGAGGGAGAAAUAAACAGCGAGGAAAAAAACGAGAAAGAGAGAUAGGCAGAGCGACAGGCACGAGUGAGAAGCACGGCUAGUCGACGAACGCGAACGGGCUCGUCAUCGACGGUGACGAAAUGAUCCGCUAGCCUCGUGUUUUCUGGCCUGGUCCGGUCGAGAAGGAGGCCGACGAGGAGGAGGUAAACGCGUGAAGCAGGAGGUGACGGAGGAGCAGAACGACCACUCUUGUCUGGGUAGUUACGAGCUUCUUCUUCGGGAGAACGAGCAAGGGAGAGAAAGAGACGGAGAAAGAGAGAGAGAGAGAGAGGACGAGUGAGACGGAUCGCUCGUGAGGAACGUAACACAAAGAGACGGAUACAAGUGCGUUGCCACAGUGCUCAAGUACGACCGCGAGGGCUGCUCUCUCCCUCUCGCGCUAAGGGUGUCCUCGGAGGGUAUCCGUGAGGCACUCCAUCCAGGGGGCCCACCCGGGCACGACGGCCUGUGAUCGGGCUCAGCUGAUCCACGCGCAGCGAGCCUGAGGAGCAGAAGGAGGAGGAGGAGGAGGCGAGGCGGAGACGGAGGAGGAGGAGGUGGAGGACGCUAGCAGCGCUGCGGGGCGAGAGGAAGGACUCCUGCCAAACACAGCCGGACGAUCAGCACCGAUAAAAUAUGUCGUCCCCCAGCGCCGGCAAGCGACGUAUGGACACGGACGUUAUCAAACUUAUAGAAAGCAAACACGAGGUGACAAUCUUAGGAGGGCUAAAUGAAUUCUCCGUCAAGUUCUACGGUCCACGAGGGACGCCUUACGAGGGUGGCAUAUGGAAGGUGAGGGUUCACCUGCCGGAGCAUUAUCCGUUCAAGUCUCCUUCAAUCGGCUUCAUGAACAAGGUCUACCAUCCUAACAUUGACGAAGUCUCAGGCACCGUGUGUCUAGACGUUAUAAACCAGGCUUGGACAGCCCUUUACGACUUGUCGAAUAUUUUCGAGUCUUUCCUGCCCCAAUUGUUAACAUAUCCCAAUCCUAUCGACCCCCUGAACGGCGACGCUGCCGCGAUGUACCUUCACAAACCUGAAGAGUACAAGAAAAAGGUAGCGGAUUACGUCAGGAAGUACGCGACGGAGGAGGCGCUGAGGGACCAGGAGAACGGCGGCACCGGAAACGGGAUGUCCUCCGACAGCGAGUCCUCGAUGAGCGACUUCAGUGAGGACGAGGCCCAGGACAUGGAGUUGUAACCAAAUAUUUUACCAUCCGUACCCAUAUCCUUAAUCUCGAUUCCCUGUAAGACCCGAUCGCUCGUCCUACCAAAUAGAUGCUUACACCCGAGACUCCGAGCCUCACUUCCGGUGACGGCGGCGACGAAGCUCGUAGCCGUCACCGUCGUCGCCGCCGUCGCUCUCGUCGUUCGUCGUACGUACGUCGAACUUCCGACGAUGAGGUGGUCGUUGUUAAGUGCGCGUACGCCCGACGGCCGACUCGGGCCUCGGCUCGGCGAGAGUGAAAAGGGAGAAUCGCGCGGGGGUGCGUCGCGCGCUUCUCCGUUGAGGGUGAGCGGUCCUCGCCGAGCGCACCGAGGGACGCUUUCGGCCACGAUGAUGUCUAAUGAUCCGUUGUCCGAGCUCCAUUGAGUUGUUGUUCCGUUAAUCCGUUUGCUGCGUUCAAUUACCACGAUCACGAUGAUGCGCCCGUCCGCGCGCAACGGACGCGCCGGCACGGACGACGUAAUCCGCGGUCUCUGCGCGCACGGAGUCUGAUUCUUCUCUCUCCGAGGAGAGAGCGGAGGGAAGAGAAAGGAAGGAUGUGAGAAGAGGGAGAGAAAAUGAUAAGGAGAUAGAGAGAGAGAGAGGACCAUCCCUGGUAUUUACGGGUUAUUAUAUACAUUCGUCGGUCGACGCGACGUCGAUUCUCGUAAUCGCUCGUAAUGCCCGGCGAUUCUGGCAUCGAUCGGGUCAGUGCGUCAUCGUUGUGUGUAUCUACGAUGCGUUUCUGUGUGAUUGAGAAGCGACCGUAAACCGAAACGAGAAUGUUAGCAAUCGUACGACGAACCAGCUACAUGGAGAGGGAGAGAGAGAGAGAGAGGGAGGAAGGGAGGGAGGGAGGGAGGGAGAACGCGAUAUAGGAGUACACGGCCGGUCAUGUUUCCCCCGUUUCGAGAUUCUCUCGCCCUCGUUCUUUCUUCCGAGCGCCGCAGGUGUGUUCGUGUGUUGUGAUAUUCGAAAACAUGUAAAAAUAAUGAGGAAUUAGAGCAGCGCGUGCGCUCAAGCCCCUCCUGUCGAUGCACCGGGCUAUACUGCGCGUUGCUGGAGAGACGUGUCUGCACCGAUCCGGCGCAUCUUCUCCACGACUAACGACUCCUUUGCCGCAGUUUAAGCGCUGCGUCAACAUCUCUAUUUAAGGAAAACGAUAUUUUCGCAUCCGAAAAUUAUACGUUAGUACAGUUGUUCAUCUUCCUCCCCCAUUACGCGCGAAUUCGUGAAGGAUACACAAGGGAUUGCUUCAGAAAGAGAGAGAGAGAGAGAGAGAGAGAAACGAUGAGUUCGUCUUCGCAAUACUUUCUUUUCUCGCGAGUCGAUCGAUUGACGUUCGAGUCAAUCGGUCGGCAAGACCGGUGCGUGUCGCGACAGUGUUCACAAUUUUUCCGUUAAGGCAGGUCUUUGUUUAUGCAACAAUGAGAGACACACAAAAUGCGAUGGAGUAUGGGUACUAGCACCGUCUUCCUUUUUCCUACCAUCACCAUUCCUAAAACGUUUCCCUCGUAGGACGCAUCAGCGACCGAUUGCCACGUCGUCGUUAUCGUCGUCGAUGGCGACGACGACGACGGCGGCGGCGGAGAAAAGAUCGAAUCUGCCGCAUAAACGACCGCACGACCGUGACACGAGCGUCGAGACAAUGCAACCGCCGUCCAAGGUGGCGCGAACGUCCUGCUGCCGCGGGAGAGUGGGUGCACACGGGACUCUGAAUACGUUUCGAGCAUCCUCAGCGGUCCGUUUCGAACUGCGCGCAACACAGGACAGGCGAUACACGGAAGAGACGCAAGCGGACGAAGCUGCAGGACUGUCCUCAUCGUGUGUCCAUCCCCCGGAAGUGAACGUAGAUUUAGUUGACCCGGGAGGGUGCGAAUCGGACGACGUUUAACGUUUGCCCGCGAGAAAUUUUUAAGUCAAUUUGUAUUAUUUUUAAUCUCAUUGUCACAUCUCUGACCCGUUGUCGAUUUCGCGUAGGAUAUUGUUAUGCUAAGAGGAGAACGUACAUUAAACUAAAUUGGUUUCUUACGAUUUUCGAGAGGCACUUUUCUUUCCAACGGCAGAAUAUCGUAGACGUACUCGCGUUGAAAAAGGGGAAAAAGGGGAAAUAAGACAGAUAGAGAAGCGUUUUUUUUUCGUCGAACGAAGAAUUGUCAUUUACACUCGAUAUGCAGUCCUCCGUUCAAUUUUCUCGAGUAUUAGAAUUAGAGGAAAUAAAAUCAAAGGUCUCAGGGAACCUCGAUUCGAAAGAGCCGCGGUUGUAUCUCAUCGCGAAAGUAAUGAACAUUUGAGAAAGAGAGAAACAAAACUGCACAACAAAUGGAAAAGCGCGAGAGAAGGGCAAAAUUUAUUUUUUACGGUUGACCGUGUAUAUUUGCGAGUCUGGAGUCGAGAAAGAACCAACAAAAAAAGUAGCGUAAAGGAUUGUGUUCUGGUGGUAUUAGAAAAUCUGUGAAUUCGCGAGAAUUGUGAAAUUGUACAAAUCUCGAUGCACACGCGCGCACACAUACACACAUAUACACAUGAUAAUCCGCGAUCAAAUAGUAUCUCGUUUCGAAUUGAUCUCUCUCCUUUGCAUGAUUUACAUGUAUGCAAUGCAAUUGACUAUACGUAAGUAUAGACGUUAUAUUUCAGUGCCUUCUCACAGGCAGAAAGAAGUGUGCCUUAUUAUAUGAGUCUCUACAGAGAGUUGCAUUGGAAAACAAUGAGCGAAUACGGCGGAACAUUUAGCGCUUUAACGCGAAUCCGCGAAUGAAAUUUAUCGCAAACCAAUAAUACCGAAGGUGUUUUUACUUUUGAAACUAGGGAUAAAAUGUCAAUAGCGAGAUUGCCGGCUUCGAUGAUUUUCCGGUUAAUUCUGAUAAUUGAAUUGUAUAAAACGUGAUUGUGAACGGAAAGAAAUGUAAGAAAGCGCGAAAAGGGAAUUUUAUAAUCCGCUUAUUUUUUUCUUUUUUUUUCUUUUUUUUGUUUUUUUAAUAAAUUAGUCGUUUAUUUUCAGGUCACUAAGUAGAAUUUACUUUUUUAGUCUCUAACGAAUCGAUGUAGUAAUGUCGUUAUUUAAUUAUAACUGCAAUGCGUGAACGCAUCGGAUCAAAUUCAAGCGCGGCAAUCAAAAUUUACACGUGUGUGUGGCGAAAUAAAUUAUAAUUUUUUGCAGGUAUAACCGCGACCUCUUCGUUAAUUUCUAAUUCGGUCGAGUUUAUAUAGUCCCCCAGAUUUUGUUACAUCACGUAACAGCUGCGCUCCUCUUUCUUUUUUAACUUUACGUUUUCCUGUUUUAUGUAACGAGAUGCGAUGUACGAUUUACAUGUUUACACUUUAUACUAUUAUGAUUAUUUAAGACAUAUUUCACAGACAUGACGCGUUUCUCGGCGAAUUUAUUCCGCUGACGACGCGUGUCGCAAUGUAUUUACCGUUUAGAAGAUUGCUAUUAAAAUCGAAUGAAUUGAUCAAAUACAGCUGUUGUACAACUCAUUACGGGGACGGUGUCGCUUUUAAUGUCUUUUUUUAGCCCGUGGUACUGUGAUGUGAAGUGCAUAUCCUCUCUUAUUAAACACGUCGUCAAUUGUUCCUCAUCUUGUUCGUUCGUGUCAUAUUAUUGUUCGUCUGCCUUCGCUAUUGUCAUUAACACCAUUAACGCUUCUCGAGACUCUGUGUGCAAUCAACAAAGUAUUUCGCCGCGCACAAACUUUGCAGUGUGUAUCGGGUCACACACACACACACACACACACACGCGCGCGCGCGCGUUUGUCGCUCGGAGUGCGCACGUCGAAGAAAAUCGCGUAGUUUAUUCAGGAUGAACACUUACAAUUACAGCGGUACUUAGAAACUGGGAAAACUACUCUUAUUCGUCAUACGUAUCUCUUUCCGCCGAACGUAUAUCUCUUCUACUUUAUUUUUGUAAGUUGUAACACACACACACACACACACACACACACAGUAGCUUUAACGCGUGCCCCGUGACGUUAGCAUACCCGAUGUGUCUUUGCCGGCACCGAUACUUUUAGAUUUCGUUAAUCGAGAACCAAAAAAUCAUAGUAAAAUGUGCGUUUCCCGCUUGUUGAUUGAGUUUGAAGUCGUGCUCUCAGAUCUCACACAUGUUACUAAUUGUAUAUGUAACAUAUAGGAUUAUUGACUAGUUAUAUGCAUAAAUAUAUAUACAUAUAUAUACAUAUUCAUAUAUAUCUAUAUAUAUAUGUUAUAAUGAUCCGCGUAAUUUACAUGAUUUACAUAACUCCAUUAUGUUUAUGAUUUUACUAAAGAACAGUCGCCCGUCAUCAACUGGAAUAAUAGUUUUAACAAUAAUUUUUUACUCUCUUCUUUUGUUUUUCGCUCGCAAGUGUUGUUUCUCCUUGUGUCAAUUGAUAACUUAUCGCGCGUCACUCCGUGAAAUUUAUUCUUCGCGCACGACAGCUGGAACUCCAUUUCCCCGACUAUUUCCGCUUUGCUCAUCAUCAUAGUGGGGAGAACUCCCGUUCAACGGAGAAUACAAAGAUAUUUUUUACGACAUGUGUGUAAAUUUUCAGAUUGGAUUGUCGAGUUCAACGCUUUAGGUUAAUGUUACAUAUCUACUAAUAUUUCGUUGUAAUGCGAUAUGAUAUAUUGCCUAUUGUGUUCAGAUCUUUUUGUAACGUUAAAUAACAUCUAGAAGCAUAUUUUUAUAAAUGUAUUGCAAUGAUAAUAUAUAGCGAUAGUUGCAUGUUCUUUGUCCUGCAUCGAAUUUCAUCGCCAUUUAAUUGUCCCUUUUUGUGUGCGUGGUCAUGAGCAAUGAGUAAUGAAUAUUAAUCGUCGUCAUGAUCGUGAAUGAGGCUUUCGCUAAACUCGCGCGUACUAGCAAAGGAAAAAAGAAAGAAAGAAUAGUUCAUCGUAUAUGUUCGUCGUUUUUUAAUUUCGUAGAUGGGAUGUGACGAAGUAUGUUUUGCAGUUACGUGAGCAAUUGUAUGUUUAAAGGAUGCAAAGGAGUCGUUACGUAACAAGAAACGUAAUUUAUCUCGUUCGACACGAUCAAUUAAGCCCUAGAGGAUCCCAACGAGAGAAUUCGAUUGAAAUCAUGAUUAUUGCGUUCGAUCGGCUCCCUUCGCAUGUUCUACGUGUGCUCUCGUGUUGUUAGUCUUAUUCGCGAAAACGAUGAGCACAUUGUUCGCCACGUGUUAUCGCCCCAAUAUUCGCGAUCGAAGGGCGAGGGACUCGUUUCGCGCGAUUCACUUCGAUCGGCCGAGGAGAAGCCAUGUACAGUGAACGUUUUAAACGGAACUCAACAGUUUUGCAUCGCGACGAAAUAGCUUGCACAACAGAUUCGCGACGGGCCACGGCAGGAGUUUCACGAGGAUCACACAAUUGCAGUUGCAAUCUCGAGACGCGUGAACGAAGUGUACUCGGAGCCGAGACAGUCGGGUGUUUCAUUGUACGAUAUAUAUUUAAUUCAGUCGCUUUAACGUUUCUUUCGAUCUCGAAAAACAACGUAGGAAGAUAGAGCAUGCUUCUUAUCGAAGAAAAACUCCUCGAGCAUAUUCCUUCGAGAGGGAGAGAAAGAGAGAGAGAGAGAGAGAGAGAGAAAGAAGGAGUUUCCACGCGAGGCGAAUACAAUGAUAAUAAAUGUCAGUUACUUUUCUCGUUCCGCCGGCGGAACACAUUUCCUAAAUUGACGUCUUUCUUUCCGCGAAGUAUCAACGUUGAAUUAGAUAAUUGAGAGGAAAUGUAUUCGCGCCUCUCUCCACUUUCAGAUAUCUUUAUCGAGACAAGGAAAUGGCAAUAUUUUUGCUACUCGUUCGUAAUUAUAUAUGGUCAGUGUUAUCUAAUGUGCCGACGACGGCACGAGCGUGAGACGCGUUUGCAAUAAAUGGUUGAUCGAAGUUGUGUAACGAAGGUGGAUACAAUGUUACUAAUCCGGUCGCCGUACGCGCGAUCGCAACUAGUUGCCCGACAACGACGAUGCAGAUACUUGAAUGUAAUUUGCCUGAAAAUCCGAAUUCCGACGGUUGAUUGGCAAUUAUUCACCACGACCUGCGAUAGCAAUUCGUUUUCUGUCGAAAUCGGAUCACUCUCUGAUCUCCCAGCUUAGAUCCAGCGGUUAGAACGAUGAUCUAAUGAUCUAACCGUACGUUUACUGCAAAUUAGACAGUGGACGUCGACAUUGUCGCAAAGCGAUAGUCGGUUGUUUUUCUUUCCUUUUUCUUUAUCUUUUUUUUAAGCGACGCGGUGAAUGCAAAUAAAAAAAAUGCAAUCGUUGGACUCGUUCUCUCGAACCACCCGUUCUUUAAUUCGCAUCGCUCGAUAAUUCAAUUGUGGGAUUGAAAUAAUUAAUUAACAUAUACACACGCACACAUAAAAGUCCAUUUUUGACCACGCAAACUCCGUGACACUUUUGUUGUUCGUCGAAUCUUUUCGCCCGCUGAAUAUGCACGCGGCGUUACUAUUGCUUCGGGCGAUAUCGACGUUCAACGUAAUGGACGACUUCCACGUGUGUUAUUACUGCUUACAUUACUCAUCGAGUCUGCGAGAGCAUACCUUAACCGUUUCCACGUAGAUAAGCGAGACCAUUUUCUACGGCGUCCGAGCGAAAUAAAUAACGCGAUGUGAUGAGUUUCGCGCUCAAUAACAUGAAAUUAUCGCCGCGAACAGGCGGAGUUGCUUUAAUGGAUUAUAAAUAUGAUCUAAUUAAAUGCGAUUCGUGACGAAGAGAGAGAGAGAGAGAAGGAGGGAGAAUCGGGAAGAAAGAGGGGACGUGUUCUCCGGAAUAAGAAGUUUAUGCUCGCUUAUGCAUCUGGAAAUGAUAAGAGUUUAAUAUUUCAAGUAUACGGUGAUAGGCUUUGAGAGAGAGAGAGAGAGAGAGAGAGGUACAAGGGGAAGCACAAAGCGUAAGGGGAGUUACUUUCUUGGCGGUCCGCACUACGACGUGUUUUUGCAACCACGUUUAAUUAUAAUAUAUAAUUUCAGAAAAAGCACAAACUCCACCGAAUGUCGCAGAGACGUAUAAAAAUAUAUUACACGCCGAGGAACGCGCGAAAAAUCCCGUCGUUUAUAUUUACCGAACGAAAUCCGGGACUUGUAAUUUAAAAAAUCGAAAUUAUCGCGUAAAUGAACCAACAGCGAAUAUGAUCCGGAGACACUCGGUUCAUAUUCGAUUUAGACAUUUUAUCACGAUCGUUGAUCAUCGCUUGAGGUAGCACGAAACAAAUGAUGAAAGGAGAAAUUAGAAAAAAAGAGAGGAAAGAAGAAAACGUCGUUCGGUGCGCGCCGUGAAGAAGUUGGGAGAUCGAAGGAUCCGCGACCAUCGACCGAUCCUUCGAUCGCGAGUUCACUCGACACGAAUGAGACCGUACUCUUUCGAUAUAGAUUUCGAUAUCGCUGGUAGCACAGAUCCUUUUUUCGAACGUACACAUGUAGCGUCGUAUAAAUCUAAGGAGUUGUGUAACUCGUGGUAGUGACGCGACGAUCGUCAUUAACUCUGCAGUAAGUUACGUUUCCCCCAGUGAUUCCUAGUCACUGCCAUACCGAUUCGGGACGAUAUCACAAAAGAGCGUGACCGCGAGAGAGCUGCUAAAACCAAAAUUGUUGCCGAACGAUAUAUAAAAAGAACAAAAAAAAAAAGAAAAAAAAGAGAACCAACCCCCGCACCUCGCAAUGUGUUCGAUUCGACUUACUACUGUUUAGCGUUCGCGACGGGGAAAAAAAAAGAGCUCUCGAGGAUAAUUGGCGCAAAGGCUGCUGUACUGCAGGGUUUUUUACGGGGAAUCGACGAGAUAUCCGUUAAUUAACCGGCAAAGUAAAGCUUUAUAAAAGAACAAAAAAAA